CUCUCCAGUCUCCACGCAGCUUGAAACUGAAGCAGAGAUGUCUUUUGAGGAGUUUACGCCGUUAAACGAGAAGUCUCUUGUAGACUACAUAAAGGCAACGCCUGCUCUCUCUUCCAAGAUCGGAGCCGACAAGUCCGAUGAUUUGGUUAUCAAAGAAGUUGGAGAUGGUAAUCUCAAUUUCGUUUUCAUCGUUGUCGGAUCCUCUGGUUCUCUUGUCAUCAAACAGGCACUUCCAUAUAUUCGCUGUAUCGGUGAAUCGUGGCCAAUGACGAAAGAAAGAGCUUAUUUUGAAGCAACAACUUUGAGAAAGCAUGGAAAUUUAUCACCGGAUCAUGUUCCUGAAGUCUACCAUUUUGACAGAACAAUGGCGUUGAUCGGAAUGAGAUACCUCGAGCCUCCUCAUAUCAUUCUCCGUAAAGGACUCAUUGCUGGGAUUGAGUAUCCUUUCCUUGCAGACCACAUGUCUGAUUACAUGGCGAAGACUCUCUUCUUCACUUCGCUACUCUAUCAUGAUACCACAGAGCACAGAAGAGCAGUAACUGAAUUUUGUGGUAAUGUGGAGUUAUGCCGAUUAACGGAGCAAGUUGUGUUUUCGGACCCGUAUAGAGUUUCUACAUUUAAUCGUUGGACUUCACCUUAUCUUGAUGAUGAUGCUAAGGCUGUGCGCGAAGACAGUGCCUUGAAGCUCGAAAUCGCAGAGCUAAAAUCGAUGUUCUGUGAAAGAGCUCAAGCUCUAAUACAUGGUGAUCUUCACACUGGUUCUGUCAUGGUUACUCAAGAUUCAACACAAGUUAUAGAUCCAGAGUUUUCGUUUAUUGGACCGAUGGGUUUCGAUAUUGGAGCUUAUCUUGGUAACUUGAUACUAGCUUUCUUUGCACAAGAUGGACAUGCCGCUCAGGGAAAUGAUCGAAAAGAAUACAAGCAGUGGAUCUUGAGAACCAUUGAGCAAACUUGGAAUUUGUUUAACAAAAGGUUCAUUGCGCUAUGGGAUCAAAACAAAGAUGGACCUGGCGAAGCAUACCUUGCAGAUAUCUAUAACAAUGCCGAGGUUUUGCAGCUUGUUCAAGAAAACUACAUGUGGAAUUUGUUGCAUGACUCACUCGGAUUCGGCGCUGCAAAGAUGAUUAGGAGAAUUGUGGGAGUGUCACAUGUUGAGGACUUUGAAUCGAUCGAAGAAGAUAAGCGACGAGCGAUUUGCGAGAAAAGUGCGCUCGAGUUUGCGAAGAUGCUUCUCAAGGAAAGGAGAAAGUUUAAGAGUAUUGGUGAAGUUGUUUCAGCAAUUCAACAUCAAAGCUAAGACAAUGUUCUUCUGCUGAAAUUCUUGAAAGUCUUGUUUUAAUCUUGGAGUUAAUUGCCAAGAAAAAUAUCACAAUGCAAUAAUAAAAAUGGAGUGUUAAA